CUCUCUUUUCAUUCAUAUCAACUGAUCAUUCAGUUUGCAGAUUAAGUAAAAAAGUUAAUUGAUUAACCAAGCAAAUUGAAAGGUCUCAAAAAUGGCGAACCAUGCAUUCCUUCUUUCAUCAUUCUUCUUCUUCCUUCUCCAUUUUGGAGUUGAAGCUGCAAAAAUGACUGUGAAAAACAAUUGUGGGAUAAGCAUAUGGCCGGCAACAUUAACGAGCGGUCCAGGCCAACCACAACUAUCAACAACUGGGUUCAAGUUAGCUCCUGGAGAAUCGAAGUCAUUUAACGUCCCCGCACCGUGGACUGGUCGGGUAUGGGCACGAACCCGUUGCUCCAACAACGGUCGAUUCACCUGCAUGACUGGCGAUUGCGGUCGUGGCCUCUCAUGCAAUGGCGCCGGAGGAGUUCCACCAGUCACACUAGCCGAAUUCACCAUUGCCCCCGAUGGUGGCCAAGAUUUCUACGAUGUCAGCCUAGUGGACGGCUUCAACCUGCCAGUCACGAUCACCAUCCAAGGCGGCAAAGGGCCAUGUCGAUCAUCAAACUGCCGUGCGGACGUGAACAAGGUGUGUCCAGCGGAGCUGCAGGUGAAAUCAGGCAAUGAAGUGAUUGCUUGUAAGAGUGCUUGUCUUGCAUUCAACAAACCUGAGUAUUGCUGCACUGGUGAAUUCAAUGAUCCUAAAAAGUGCAAGCCAACAAAUUAUUCGAUGAUCUUCGAGAGACAAUGCCCAGAAGCUUACAGUUAUGCAUAUGAUGAUAAGAACAGCACCUUUACUUGCAACAAUAGGCCAAAUUAUUUGAUCACAUUUUGCGGUUGAGAAGAUAAUAUGAAGAUAGUAAUUAAUAAUUGGCUUGGCAGUGCUAGCCAACGAAAGAAAAGUAUUUGAGAAUAAAAAAAGUCAGCACUUACUGUAGGGUGUUGAGAGUAUAGGAUUAUAAAUGAUAUGUUACGAAAUUAACUUUACUGUCUUAUUAUAUGUCAACAUAAUAAUCAAUAUAUAUCAUACUUUAAAUUAUAAGAAAUCAAAUGAGACAACUUCUAAAUA